GAUAUCCUUUGUACAUGCGAUGGAGCAUGACAGGGGACGGGACCACUAACAUGCAAGAAGAGCUGCAGGACCAAGGUGACACACUCUUAGUCUCCGUCGCUGCUCGGAGCCUCUUGGCGCUCGCACGACAACUCGCUGUUCCAUGUCUCUUUGCUGGCGACACCUGGCGUUUCGAGCAGCAAACCCUUCUCGCCGGCGAGCAUUGGCAACAACGGACAUUGCCUUCCUUGCUUUCGAAGGUCAACGCUGAGCUUCGAGCCCUCGAAGAUCAUUGGCGAGACGCUCGGUUCCAGCAGCAGCAGCAGCAACAGCAGGUAGCGCAAGACGCAAGCAGCAUCACAGAUGCACUGCGCCUCAUCAUCAAGGCCUCUGCCAAGUACGUGCCUCCACAACGAAUUGCACUACCAUCGCAUGGGAUAAACCCAAACGGAAAAGGAAAUGCCAGCGUGAAUGAUGAUACUGGGGACAAUGAAGAAGGCGUAAAGGAUAGCCAUGAUUGGCUAGCUCCGGAUCUGCUGGACAGUUUCAUUGGCAACCGACAAAACCGAACCCUGGCACAAGUGAUAUGCGAUCGCGCAAGUAUCCUUUUGUCGUCUUUACCUGUUCCCACGAACACAUCCGAGUCCAGCGGCAGCGCUGCUUAUGCACGCAGCCUCCUUUCGACUUAUAUCAAGCACCUCUACUCUGCAUCUCCAUCUUCCUCCUCCGUUGACCGUGAUACAGGACGCGCAAAAGCUCCCCGCGAGCAUCUAAGUCACUCUGGUGCAGCAAACUGGGAUGUUCUGGGGACUGCAGGCGGUUGGGACAAUGUUGCCUGGAAAGGCGGGAUGUUGUCCAGUGCCGCAGAACUCGUGCUCACCGCUGACAUCGAAGUGACUGACGGAGACGGGAGUGCUGAUGAAAAGGCUUUUACGCUCCUGCGUCAUCGGCACGACGGAAUUGGUGCACCGAAUGUCUUCGCAUGGGCCGUGCGUACUGUCGCUGCACCGCUUCCCACACCCGCACUAGACCCGCACCAGCAGGGCUGCGAGAAGGAGAGAGAGUUCUGGGAAGCCGCGUGGCCACUCAUCAUCCCUCCGCUUCUCACGAUGCUGGACGACUCGUCGCUGCAUUCCCGCAUCAUGGCGACCAGGAUUUUUUACUAUGGCUUACUUGAGCUGCCACUCCGAAAGCUGCAAUUGGUAGAACCUGCGAGUGUUGGAUCAUCAGCAUCAGAGGUACCCAUAGCGCCUCCCAUCCUGCUCCUCAUCCGCACAGGCCUACAUCCGCUCGUCGCUUCCUCCCUCUCCGCAAGCCUGACGUACUUCUCCGACCCGCUGUCCUACCUUGCGCUGCCAGACACCCUGUACGCAGCGCGCGCCUUGGCGCUUCUUGUCACGCAGCCGGAAGCGGUGCAGCUGAAAGUCCAAAGCGGGCGCGCUGGCUUUGCGGCUCGGACCGGCAAGGAGGCAAGUAAAGAUAGCAGAGUCCAGCGCUUUGAGGAGAUUUGCAAGCUCCUCAGUGAAGGCGUGCUCAGACCGUGGACAUACAUUUCGCUUCCGCGGAAACAAGCAGGCACGCACACGUCGAGCGCAACUAGAGCGGUCGCAGAGGAAGAAGGGAGCCCCCACGAGCAGCAGGGGUUCGACGCAAAACCUGUGUCUUCUUCCAAUCUGUUGAUGUUGGCGCUCUUGCGCUCUGCCACGCAGCUCUUCAUGGAUGCAGGACCGGCAGGCUGUGCGCGGUACCUCGACGUCAGCAUUGAAUUUCUGUGUGCUCUUCUGCUUGAGCGGGAGCCCGUCGCUCGUCACAAAAAUGAUAGGGAACACAGUGGAAAGAGGCAGAGCGACGCAGAAAGUAGCACGUCGGUUGCAGAGGUGCUCCUAGCAUACGAGACGGUCCGUGUCAUACUUGCUAUCGUCGAGACAUGCACUGCGCACCUCUUCCCUGCGCCGGAUGACACGGCAAGCCGCCCUGCUCUGGAGGAAGAGAGAGAGGAUAAGGAAAUCGGACAAGACACAGAGCCAAUUGCGCCAAUACCGUUGCUACCGCCCAACCUCGAGGAUCGAGCAAGCGAUGUUGUAUUUGCAGCCUCCAUGGCCUGGGUCAAGUUUGGGCUAUUUGACGAGCAGCAAGACGAAAAGAAGGAAGAACUUGCUUCCAGCUGCCUCAUGAACGCAGAGAUACGGCACUCCGCAGCGCUCGUCAUCCUCACACACGCUCUCAAACGACUUGUCAACCAACUCUUACGUGCGAUGCCUACUUUAGAGACCAAGUUCGCCAAGGGUAUUGUAACGCUUGACGAUCGGAUGGCUGGCUUAUUUGCACACCAAUGAGAGGGAGGAGCCCGACAGAAGUAGAAUUUUUUGCAAGUCCACGACCACCAAGAAUCAAUCUAUUCUCUGUAGCAUACCUGUCGAUGGCAGCAGUCAGGUUGAGUAUAAGGGCAGUAUUUAAGUUGAGGAAAAUGCGCAACCUCUGAAAUGGGGGAAGCAGAUCCGCC